AAAUAAAAUAAGUAGAAUACGGAGUUAUUUGGAUGGUUGCCUUUACGCUACAUUAGUGCCAACUUUUCGUCCAAUACUUUUAUCUUCCCUUUCAUUGCUCAUGAUUCGCGGUUCGUGUUUUUCCGAUGCGUCAAGGGGUGCUGGAAAACCCAUCAAUGAAGAAACCGAAUAUGGAGAAGAAUAUUCAAAUUGUGGACCUUGAAAGUGGUGGGUUCUGGUUCCCACCCACCUCCGGUGAAGGCACCACGAAGAACGACGCCAUCUCCGUCGAGCAGUACAGUGAAGAGAGAGACCUCGAAUUGGCCAUCAGGCGUUCUCUCCUUACAUCCCAAAACUUCAUUGAUCUCGAUAGCUACGACGAUGAUUCAUCGGUGCUUAAUUUCAAGCCGGAUAUCAAUCCACGACCUCGAAAAAAGCCUUUCGUCUAUCCCACCGUGACUGAGCGCGGCGAAUCUUCGAAUUCUAAAUUCACCGCCGCACCCGCCUCUCCUCCCCCUCCACCCCCUCCGUUUCUCUGCGAAAUUUGCGCCGAACCCAAGAGCCAAAACGAAUCAUUUAAAAUCAAGGGAUGCUCGCACUCCUACUGUACUGACUGUGUGGCCAUAUUCAUCACCACGAGAUUGCAAGAAAACAUUACGGUGAUCCAUUGUCCGGUACCCAAGUGCAGUGGAUUGUUAGAACCAGAGUACUGCCGCCGGAUUCUGCAGCCAGAGGUGUUUAAUCGGUGGGGAGAUGCUCUGUGUGAGGCGGUGAUUCUUGGGUGUCAGAGGUUUUACUGCCCCUACAAGGGCUGUUCGGCCCUACUGAUCAUUGAUGAUGGAGCACAGCAGGUGAGGGAAUCGGAAUGUCCCAAUUGUUUCCGACUGUUCUGUGCUCAAUGCAAGGUUCCAUGGCACUCCGAAAUCCAAUGCGAAGAGUAUCAGAAGUUGCACAAGGAUGAGAGAGAGCGGGAAGAUAUCAUGCUACUGAAGCUUGCACAGCAAAAGAUGUGGGCGAGAUGCCCAAAAUGCAGGUCUGUUGUGGAGAAGACUCAAGGUUGUGACAAUAUAUACUGCAGGUGUGGAAUGUUUUUCAGGUAUGACACACAACGUUGCAAGUGAGAGCAGGGGAGGAAGAGGAAGAGGAAGAAGUUGCAGGAGCAUUGAUUUUAGCUUUUCUUUACUCUCAGCUUGAUAAUCACAUUGUCAAGCUUUGGAAAUGAAUAAUGAACGUUAGGUUGUGUU